AGGGGCUCCGGCUGCCUCUAUUUAGGGUGGUGGGGGACGGGCUGGCGCCUACCUGUGGAACUCUGUGCCUCGUGUGGAUUUCUCUCCUGCCUGUUGUCCCUUAAUCCCGUCUGCCUGGCUGCCUUCCACGCCCGUACCCGCCACUCCGGUAGGACCUCCACCUGCCGUCUUCCCCAGCCUGGGCCUCGGGAAAUCGGGGAGCCUCAUGGCUGCGACCUGUGAGAUCAGCAACGUUUUCAGCAACUACUUCAGCACUAUGUACAGCUCGGAGGACCCCACUCUGGCCUCUGUGCCCGCUGCUGCCACCUUUGGGGCCGAUGACCUGGUGCUGACCCUGAGCAACCCCCAGAUGCCUCUGGAGGGCACAGAGAAGGCCAGCUGGUCGGGGAAGCAGCCCCAGUUGUGGUCAAAGGCCCAGGUGCUGGACUGGAUCAGCUACCAGGUCGAGAAGAACAAGUACGACGCGAGCGCCAUCGACUUCUCGCGGUGCAACAUGGACGGGGCCGCGCUCUGCAGCUGCGCCCCUGAGGAGCUGCGUCUGGUCUUUGGGCCUCUGGGGGACCAGCUCUAUUCCCAGCUGUGGGACCUCACAGCCUCCAGCUUUCCUGACGAGCUCAGCUGGAUCAUUGAGCUGCUGGAGAAGGACAGCACGACCUUCCAGGAGACCCUGGGAGACCCGGGCCCCUUUGACCAGGGAAGCCCCUUCGGCCAGGAGAUGCUGGACGACUGCCCACAGGCCAGCCCCUACUACCCGGGCAGCUACGGGGUGGGAGCCCCCUCCCCAGGCAACUCUGACGUCUCCACCGCAGGGACAGGGGCUUCCCAGAGCUCCCACUCCUCAGACUCCGGUGGAAGUGACGUGGACCUGGAUCCCACCGACAGCAAGCUCUUCUCCAGCGAGCCCUUUCCUGACUACAAGAAGGGGGACCCUAAGCACGGGAAGCGGAAACGCGGCCGGCCCCGCAAGCUGAGCAAAGACUCCCGGGACUGCCUGGAGAGCAAGAAGAGCAAGCACGCCCCCCGAGGCACCCACCUGUGGGAGUUCAUCCGAGACAUCCUCAUCCACCCGGAGCUCAACGAGGGCCUCAUGAAGUGGGAGAACCGGCGGGAAGGCGUCUUCAAGUUCCUGCGCUCCGAGGCUGUGGCCCAGCUGUGGGGCCAGAAGAAGAGAAACAGCAGCAUGACCUACGAGAAGCUGAGCAGGGCCAUGAGGUACUAUUACAAGCGGGAGAUCCUGGAGCGGGUGGACGGCCGGCGGCUGGUCUACAAGUUCGGCAAGAACUCCAGCGGCUGGAAGGAGGAAGAGGUCGUCGGGAGUCGGAACUGAGGGUCCCAACCAGAGCCGGGAUGCACGCACGGACAUGAGGCCUGCCGCCCCUCCCACAAGGACCCCGGGCCUCCGCCGUCAGACUCGCCGCCCAGCGCUUUGCAAAGCAGCCGAGUCUCAUGGACCCUGACAGCCUGGCCCCGGAUUCGGGCCUGCGGCCUCUCCUCUCCGCCCUCCUCUCGGAAUUACAAGCCCUGGGUUUGAAGGACUUUGCUGGCUGGGCGCUGGAGGCAGCUGCUUUCGUCUCAGAGUCUGGGUGCCUCUGACUCUAUCAAGACUCCGCUGUGGACACCUUCCUCCUGCAGAUGUGUAGACUGAGCCAAAGAGGCCGAGCAGGCUGGAGGGGCGCAGGGAGAGGGGACAGCAUGGGUCCCCCGCACCUUCUUUUGGACUGGCUUCCCCCAGCACCUGGACUCCGCGGGCGGGGGUCGGAACACUCCCUAAUUUAUGUGCUAUAAAUACGUUGGAUGUACAUAGAGAGCUAUUUUUUCUAAGAUAUUCCCCUCCCCAUCCCUCUCCCGCUGAGCUCUGGUGGCCAGACUGACUGUCCCAGGCUCUCGCGGGGCCGGUGAGGGGCGGGGUGAGGCUGGGACCCUCAGUGGGGGCUCCUAGCUCCUUUCUCCUGGGAACGGAGGCAGAGACCUCCAAUAAAGUGCCUUCUGGGCUUUUU